GGAUGUGGAUGUAGGGGAGUUUAUUGUUCCAAUACCGUAUGUCAAACAAGUGAUGCUGUCAAAUGCUGGUGGGAGGCUUAUAAUUGCUUCUGAUGGCAUCUGGGAUGCUCUAUCCUCAGAAAUGGCUGCAAAAUCUUGUCUGGGUUUGCCUGCUGAACUUGCUGCUAUGCAGGUUGUGAAGGAAGCAUUAAGGACAAGAGGUAUAAGGGAUGAUACAACUUGCAUAGUAGUUGACAUAAUUCCUCCUAAUAAUGGAUUGCCACCGCCUCCUCCCCCCAAAAAGCAGUUGAGAGCUUUACUAUUCAGGAAGAAAUCCAGUGAUUCUGCUAGUAAGCUAUCAAAGAGGCUUGCAGCUGUCAAUAUAGUAGAGGAAUUGUUUGAAGAAGGAUCAGCAAUGCUCGCUGAAAGAUGAGGGAACGAAGGGAAUUCAGGGGAAUCAACCUCUGGGAUUUUUGUGUGCGCAGUGUGCCAGAAAGAUCUUGCUUCAAGUGAAGGCAUAUCUGUUCAUGCUGGUUCCAUUUUCUCUACCACCUCUAAGCCCUGGCAAGGCCCUUUUCUUUGUGCUGAUUGUCGCAACAAGAAGGACGCCAUGGAAGGCAAGCGUCCUAGGGGAAUUAGAGUCUCAUAGCUUUUCUUCACCUGUCCA